AUGGACAAGGACAAACUCACAGUGUCUGAUAGCCAAGCAGGAGCAGCAGGAGGUGGACCAGGAGGAGGGCCAGACUUCUCCCAGCCCCGUUUCUCAUCCUCUCUCCCCACCUACCUCCCCGUCCAAUGCCAGCUAAGUGGUGCUGACUCUGCCUUCUUCCUGCGGGAAGCCAAUCAGGACGUAAUGCGAAACGGCAGCCUAUCAUCGCGGACUGAGCCUUUCUUUCUCCACCAGCUGGAACCAGGCAUUGCAGCUACACAAUCGCUGCCGAGCGUCAAUUGCAGCUAUGGAAACCUGAGCAUCGAGCAGCCAAUCCCAGUGGAGCUGCUUCAGGGUCCACCACCGCAUGUGCUGCUGACGACCAACCAGGUGACCCUGAACUGGAAGGUCAAAGGUCAAGUGGUGGUGCCCAAAGUAGGGUCAACAAGGCCCUGGAUACAGGUACUGUUUUACUUAGUAGGGCGGCGUUGGGAUGAACCUGACCCGCCUCCUCCAUCCCUCCUGCCAUGUGUCAGAGCUGUGGCCAUCCGUGACACCAGCGAAGCAGCACCCUCGGCGGGCUGCCGACUCAUGGGACCAUCUGGCAUCUGUGUUGUCCGUCUGGAGAUUCCCCCAGCUUGGUUUACACCACCACAAGUGAGAAAAAGACCUCCUGAAGUGACUCUACCAUCAGUGGAUGUGUAUUACUCAAUUAUACCAGUAGAAGGGGCUGGUCAAGAGUGUCCCUUCAUUGUUAACGAGCCGUGGAGAGGUCAGAGCGCAAACGUCGGGCCUCUUGGAGGUCUGGGCGUGGGUGUUGGGGGACAGUGGAGCGCCCUAGUCGAUGGGGGUCUUCAGGAUAUGCUGAAAGCUGGUACUGUGGUAAUGACCGUGGGCCCGGUUUCUGCCAAAGGAGAAAGACUGAGACUGGAUGAAAAUGUGGAGGUUCUGGUGCCACCCAGCCCAGUUCGGCUUGGCAAGACGGUGGCGUUUGGUAUCUACAUGAGGACGGAUUCAAGCACAGAACAGUUUACAUUGAGGGUGUGGUUCCAGUCGGGCAUCAACUUCAUGGCUGUGAAACCCAGCAACCUUGUCGCGUGGGAGAUCAAACAGGAAAUGGCACCGGGAAGCAGUUCGUUGGCGGUGAUGUGUCAGAGAAAGGCCUCCUCCACAGCAGAGAGAUUGGAAAGUCCAUCAUAUGAGGUGAUGCAGCUGGACUUUGAGGUGGAUAACGUGAUCAACCUGGUGCCAACCCAGACUCUACACUGGAACGUCGAGUACCCAGCUGGCACACAGACAACUCCCAGGCGAACAGAGAAAGUCUCACACCUCUACAUCAGCAACGCUGACAUACAGGGCAUUGUACCGCUGGCUGAGGACACGGAAGUGGUGAACACAGCCAUUCUUACAGGUCGGCGUAUUGCCGUGCCCAUUAAACUAGUUACCGUGGAAACCGACGGGCAGGUGAGGGAGGUGGACGACUCGGUCACCUGCAGCUCAACAGACGUGGACGUGGUCAAGGUAUCCCCAAGCUGUGACCAGGUCUUGGUGAACGGUAAAGAAAUGCGUGGUCAGCAGUCUUUGGCAGUCAACUUCACCUACCUGCACCUGUCUGCUCAGCUGCAGCUCACCGUCUGGGUUCCCAAGCUACCCCUGCAGAUAGACGUCUCGGAUACUGAGCUGAGCCAGGUCAAAGGCUGGAGGGUCCCCAUCGUCACUAACAAACGACCUACCAGAGACAGUGAAGAUGAUGAGGAUGAUGAAAGGAAGGGCAAAGGCUGCACCCUGCAGUACCAGUAUGCCUUGGUGCGGGUCCUUACCCAUUUUGUUGCAGAACCUUCUGACCCAGGGGGAGAGAUGGUUUACAUGUUGGGUGCAGAUUGGCAAGCUGAUAUCACCCACUUGGUCUUGGACCAGCUUAAGGUAGAAGAUCCUCGCAUUGCCAGACUGAUAGAUGGACGAAUUUUGAUAGGACGGGACUUGGGGAUCACCACUAUACAGGUUCUGUCCCCACUGUCUGACUCCAUCCUUGCAGAGAAGACUGUGACCGUGUUGGAUGACAAGGUCACCAUCACAGACCUGGGAGUCCAGCUGGUGGCGUCUCUGUCCAUCAGUAUGACAGGGAGUCCUGGAAAUUACCAGGCUAUCCAGCUAAUGACUACAGCCACGGACUUGCUACACACAACUAAACAGGAAGCCGCGAUCAGUGCAUGGAUCCAGUAUAGUGACGGUUCAGUGACACCACUUGAUAUUUAUGAUCCCAAGGAUUUCCUCCUCUCAGCUGUCUCAUUGGAUGAGAGAGUAAUCUCCAUAACCAAUCAGGAACAGCACUGGCCAAUUGUGGUAGCAGAGGGCGACGGACAAGGGCCACUGGUUCGUGUAGAGAUGGUUAUCUCUGAGACCUGUCAGAAGUCCAAAAGGAAGAGUGUGCUGGCAUCUGGAGUCGGCACCGUGUUGGUCAAGUUUGGAGCAAAGAGCGAGGAAAGAGGCGAGAUGGGAAGAGGUGGACAGGAGGAAGGAGGGAUGGACAACAGCACCAGUGAGCACCGAACAAAGGAUGGAGGAGAGUGGAAGUCCAGCAGUGCAGCAGUGGAUCGAGAGGAAGGAGCCAUGAGGAAGGUUAGCACAACAACCAAAAGCACAGUAACACAUCGUGCUUCCGGUGGUAAAGCUGCCAGUGGAGAUAGCAGCAUCAGCCGAGGCAGCGGUCCAAGCCAGGCAGGGGACUACAAUGGCUACCCAGCACAAGUGGAAGUACCAGGGACUGGGAACAGUGAGCUGACCCACACCACCAGAGGCCUGUCGGACCUGGAGAUUGGGAUGUAUGCCCUUCUGGGAGUAUUCUGUUUGGCAAUACUGGUCUUCCUCAUCAACUGUGUCAGCUUUGCUUUCAGAUACCGUCACAAGCAAGUCCCCGUUCUGGAGACUGGAGGCAACAUGAACCAUGCCCAUGACUGGGUCUGGCUUGGCAACGAAGCCGACCUUUUAGCCGACCACUCUGAUCAAUGCCAGGGUGGGCUGCCGGAUGAGUGCACCACCAUCAUUGACCGUAAUGAAGGAGGAUAUGAGGAGAACAAGUACCUGCUGAACGGGGCUGGUAACACCUUGGUGAUGGGCGUGGGCACAGGCAUGGGCACUAUUAGUGGGAGUGGUGGCCCAGUUGGACACCGUGGCAUCACCCACGGACAAACCUUACCGAGAUCUGUCCCAGAACCGCAUCAGUGCCUUUCAGCAAUUACUACUGGUGGCAAAGAUGCCACUGACCAAGUGGAGCAUCUGAAUAAUUCCCCCCGAGCCACGGCUGCAGCUGCAGUUGCAGCUGCCAAACGCAAACGCGUCAAGUUCACGUCUUUUGCCACUGUUCUGCCCAAUGAUAAUUCAGGUGGGGGUGGCCCGUACACCAACUCCUCAGUCCUGGUGACCAAUGGGAGCGAGGAUGACAUCAAGUGGGUGUGUCAGGAUAUGGACCUGGGUCAAUCUGAAAUCAGAACCUACAUGGAGAGGCUACAAGACAAUCUGUGA